CAUAUGCCUAUAACAGACUGAUCAAUUUCAGUUUUAAACGUCAAUGGGAAGAUACAAGCCAAAUAAUACCAAGUGAAUUAUAUUAUCAUUCCGCUAAUAGGACUAUUAAUAUAAAAUGAAAGUAAAUAAUACGCAUUUUCUUGGGAAAAGGGAUACUUUUAGUUAAAUAAUUUAUAACCGCAGGUAGUUUGUAUUAGAAAUCUCUAAUUUAUAAUUAAAUGGAUAUAUGAAAAAUAUUUGUUAAAUAAAAAGUCUAAUAUGAAUGUCAGAAAGGGUUUUUGUGGAUAUUUUAAUAAUUUAAUAGUUAAAUUCAUGAGUCAAUCAAAGCUACACUACCAUGGAAACCCUGAGACUCCUCAGCAGUGUGCAUUCACGAUCCCACUCGUGUAAUUCGAACCCAAGACCUAUCGGUCUCGUGCGCCAACGCUUAACCUCUAGAUCACUGAGUCGGCAUUGAAUCCGGCGAGUGGGAUCGUGGAUGCGCACUGCCGAAGAGUCCUGUACUUAGACAAAACGGCAGUCCAGUGUUUCAAGGUUUUCCAUGGUGGUUUAGCUUUAAUUGAUUCAUGAAUUUAACUAUUAAUAUUAAUGUACCUAUGAUAGAUAUCGUUGGAGUAUGAACUUUAAUGAUUGAAAAAUUAUGAAUAAAUACCUCAACUAUUGAGUCAGAAUAUUUUGGUUUGAAUAUAGUGUGAAUGAAGUAAUAGAUAAGUUACAGAAUACGCUAUGAAACAAUGGUUCUCCACUCAAUUCCCUAAAAAGGUAUGCGUUUGGACCGAAGAAGAGGUAAACAGCUGACAAUGAUUACCUCAUUUUAAAGAAGAUAUGAUGAUAUAUAUUUUAACAUACCAACUUGGCAAAUCUGUUGAAAUUACACUUACCUCUGCACAGUUGUAUGUUACCUUCCCUAUUAAACUGGUAUUUAAAUAAUAUUUCAAAGAUAAGAAUUCGAUCAUGGGCUUUUUGAUGUAUGUAAUAAUUCGACAGCUCUUGUGCAGCUAAUUACACAGGGCGUACUCAGUGGGAUUUAUCAUUGCGUGUUUGUGAAUAUAAAACUUCAUGGUUAGGAAAAAGAGUCAUGAUACUUUCCACUCAGUAGAAAACAAAUAUCACGUCAAAACAGAUCAACUCUUCUUUGAUCUCUGGAAAGUUUUGAAUAACCUAUAUAAAAGAGUAAUACUAACGUUCCUCUAACUAGAGGAAGUCGUCAGGAUCAACUCUGAAAAAGUGGAACUUAUACAUCUAAAAAAGGAGCAUUCACCAAUUCCGUUUACCGUGAAUUACAAUUGGAUCAUCCUAUUUAUAUAAGUCACAAAUCAAAAACCUUUACUCUUUAUAACCCUUUUAUAUUUAUCACUGUUUUAAUCUAUUUUCAGUUUUAAUAUUCGUCUCUCUCGAUACAUAUAAAUUUCUUAUAGUAAUUAUCAUGACGGCACUUGCAUUAUUACAUAUUAUAUUCUCUCGUUUCUAUUGUCAUUAUCUGGACUAGCUUUACAGAACAUUCUUCCUAUUAUCCACUUUAUUCGCGUGAUUUAUUUUAUUACACUGACUGGAACUGUACACCCUACAACAAAUUUUCCUAUAUGGUUCUUCAGUAACCUUUGGAAUUUACAAAAUACAACUGUGAACGUAUUUUACCCGUAAAAUCUACAAAAGUCCACCACUUUAACAUAUCACAUUGUUUAAUAUACUUGCUUAUGUAUCCCACUGUAAUAAAAUAAUUAUGGAUUUAUAACUUAAGAUUCUGAUGAUGAGGCAAUUGGAAACAAUGGUUCACCCAAAUAUUCCUUAUUUUUGAAUAUUUUAUAGAGAUCGUCAAACAGUUAAAAAAACUGUUGUAACAUAUAACCAAUUUAUAUUUGCAUGGUUUAUCAAUCCAGAGAUUUGUGUGGACCAAUGUUAGACUACCAUUGGAAACCUGGAAACACGAGAUGACCGUUUCGUUCUAGUAUGCGACGCUUCAGCAACGCACAUCCACAAUCCCGCACGUGGGGCUCGAACCCAUGACCCUCGGUUUCGUGCGUGAACGCCUAACCUGUAGAACAUGUUGUAACUUGAAGCCCGGUUAAUUAUCACGCGAUUUAUUUGCCAAUCGAAAUGUGGCUUAUACAAUUAUAGUACUGAGUCAAACUAAUGAUUUCGACCAGUAUGAGCAGCCUAGCGUCCUUACACAUAAUAUUAGUUCAUUAAUAGUUCACAGAAGUUACCAGUUAUUUAAUAUUCACUAGGUUAUUGCAUAACAGUGAUACGGCAUCCAACGGUGUUAAUGUCUAAUUCCAACCAAUCCAGGAUACUGAGCGAUUGAUCAUCAUUGUCUUUAGUGUGUAACUCAAUUCAUUAAUUCGAUUCAUCUUUAUCAAGUAACAGUAAAUAGGAAUUGAGAUGUUAAACUGAAAUUACAUGUAUUCAACGUGUGAUAUUUCAUAUAAGCUGGUUAAAUCAAAUAAAUUAUUAAAGCAUCAUUAACAUUAUUUUACGGAUGUUUUAUAAACUUGUGUUUAUAUGCAUUACAUUUUGUCUAUUAAAAGUAAGAAACCUCAAAUGUUGAUAAAGGGUACUUAUGAUCUUGAUCAAUUAUAGACAUGCUAUGAAAGGUUAGACUCAUAGAAUGUAUAUUUUAUAAUGUUUUUAUUCUAUCGACUAAAAAUCUUUCGUUAUGCUUAACCAUUUUUGUGUUCGUCCCAGUUUUUCGAUUAUUAACAUUUUACAUUUCUUUUAUACACUAACAGAUGCCUGGAAUUGUAAUGGACAGAAAUACUGGAUCUACCAUUGGUACCACACCACAUGGCCGAUGGAUUGAUCAACAGCAAUAUCUUGUUGAAACAUAUCGUCAGAUUCGUACAAAUUUAGGUCAGUUAGAAGCUGAAAUAGAAGCUGCACGAUUAAGAGUCACUGAUUGGACACGAUUAAGACGACAUCCUAGUCGUAGUCGUAGUUUGAGUCAUGCUAGUGUUUCAACUACUGCAAGCAGUUUAUUAAGUUGUAGUACAUUUGAAAGUGGUGCAACCGAUGCUUCAUUUUUAAAUGUUACAACAGAUGGUACUACUGGUUCAUCAUGUCAUUCAUCAUGUUCAUCAACAUGUGGUAUUCAACUACCUUCAGAAAUGGCAGCUAAAUUAAGUGCAGCAACAUUAAUUUCAGCAUUUUUAGCUGCAAGUCAUGAUUUCACUCAAGAUAAAACUCAAGAUUCAACUAUUUCAGAUCAUUUAGAACAACCUAUUAGAGCUCGUACACCAGAUCAAUGUUCUUCGUCUAAUAGAUCACGUUCCAACAGAUCAAUCUCACCUUCAUCACGAUGA